AUGUCAAAGUCAACAGCUUAUCAAGCUUCUGAUUCAUCUUCAACCCAAACUUCCGGUCACCGUGGCACCGCCGGAUUAAGCCUAUGGCCCUUCACGUUUCUCGUAACUCUGGUUUUACCCGUUGUUCUAGCGGUCGUUGUCUACCAGCUGGACACCUUUGACCCGGCUGCUUACCCGCCCCAUGAGCUGGCCCAGAAAGAUUCCAUGGCGGUUCCCAGGAUUAACAGCCACCUGCUCAAAGGAUCCGAGAAGGUUGGGGCCGGAAAACUGUUGGCACCAGAAGAUUUAGCUUAUGAUCCCAAGUCCGGAGUGAUUUACACUGGUUGUACGGAUGGGUGGUUAAAACGAGUCACGGUUAACCAGUCAUCAGCGUUUGACUCGGUCGUUGAGGAUUGGGUAAAUACCGGUGGCCGGCCUCUCGGAGUCGUGUGCGGCCUUCACGGCGAAGUCAUCGUUGCCGAUGUCGAUAAGGGAUUAUUGAAGGUGACUUCAGAUGGAACAGUUGAAUUGCUGACAGAUGAGGCAGAAGGUGUGAAAUUUAAGCUGACAGAUGGUGUGGAUAUUGCCCAGAAUGGGGUGAUAUACUUCACUGAUGCUUCCUACAAGUACAGUUUCUGGGAAUACAUUUGGGAUUUUUUGGAGGGCAGACCUUAUGGAAGAUUCAUGAGUUAUGAUCCUUCAACUAAGGAAACCAAAGUGUUAGCCCGAGACCUUUACUUCCCCAAUGGAGUUGCUGUCUCCCCUGAUCAACAAUUCGUUAUCUUCUGUGAAACACCCCUACGAAAGUGCAAGAGGUAUUACAUAAAGGGAGAGAAUAAAGGAACAGUGGACAUAUUUGUUGAAAACAUGCCUGGAAUGCCUGACAACAUUCGAUACGGUGGAGACGGCCAAUAUUGGAUUGCUAUAGCUUCUGAAUUCACAUAUCCCUGGAGGCUAGCACAAAGAUAUCCCUUCAUAAGAAAGAUUAUGGCUAUAAUAGAAAAGUAUGUAGGCAGGCCAAAUAUGGAGAAAAAUGGAGGUGCCUUGGCUGUUGAUUUGGAAGGCAAGCCGAUCUCACAUUAUUAUGAUCAAGACUUGAGCCUCAUUUCUGCUGCUGUUCCGAUUGGUGAUCAUCUGUACCUUGGUUCCGUGCAUGAACCUUACAUACUUCGUCUCAACAUCAAACAGAAUCCUGCAUCUCAGUAG